CUGAAGGCAAAUCGUUUGUGUCAAGGUCAAGCCGGGCGGUGUAUUUAAGUUUUCUACGUUUCAUGUGGUGAUGCUGCGCUGUCUGUUAGUUUCUGAAUGUUCUUCGAAACUGCAAGAGUCAUCGCAUUAAUAUACUGCUUGGCAUACGCAUGAGCGAUUCUCAUGCACCAAAUGAACCUUCAGAUGUUAAUAAGACAGAACUAUUUAAUUUGGAUAAUCUUAGUUAUCGAGAUGAAGGAAAUAAUACAAUCGUAGUAUCCAAUACAAAGACUAGUUUGAUAUUGCGCAUUCGGAAAACCAAUGUUGGACGAAAUGGAUACUGGUCUAAAGCUCACACCAAACGAUCUGAGAUAUUUGCGAAUCAGCGUAUACUUCUUCAGUUCGGUUCGCAAUUUCUUCGCAGCAUACAUCUCAUCAAAACAAGUCCCACGUUUCUUCGUGAACUAGAAAAAUCAAUCGAACCUUUUAGACCCGCCUACCGUAAAGUCAAAGGAGUGGACCUUUCUGAAAAUUUCGUUUUUGUCACAUCAGAUGCUACACAGAUGCCAUCACAUCUUGUAAAAUAUGCAUUCGGUCCAACUUUAAGCGUAGAAAUCAAGCCAAAGUUUGGUGCUAUCCCAAUAUGGCCUGCUACUGGAGUCGUCAAUCUAGUUAAAAACUCGGCUUCACUGUUCUGUUUAAGGCAAGAACAUUCUAGUAAACGAUCACGUUGGAAAGAUCUGUCAACAUAUUGUCCUUGUGACCUAUUUUCUGGUGAUCAUGACCGGCUGGUACAUGGUUUAAAUGCUCUUCUGACUACGCCCCAAAAUAAUUUUCGAGUUUACUUGGAUAGUCAUCCUAUUUAUUCUCACGACGUAGAUAAACUAGAUUAUGGCUUGAAUAAAUUUUUUCACUUGGAAAAUAAUUCAAUUUCUUCAAGUAAACAACAAAGUGAACUUCCUAAUGGUUUUGAUCAUGGGAAUGUUUGUAGUUGUUCCGAAGAAUGUCAAUUCGUCAAUGAUAGGGAUCGAUUGAUACGUGGUACUCUACUGAAAGCAUUAUUGCACAAGUUUGACUGUACAAAUGAUGAUACAAAGGCGCUCAUUCCAUUCAACUCAACUGAUCGCCAACCUUUUUCAAUGCAUUGUGCAUUACAUGCGGAUCGUAAGUAAACAAUUGAAUUAUUUGUAUUAAACAAAUAGGGUUCUGUGUCAGUUUUUCUUGUUGAAUAAUUUGAGGGAAAUACUGAGUACUGUUCAUCAUUUUACAAAACAAGCGAGUGAAAACUAGAAUAUACACUUUAUUGUUAAAAGGGCCAUUCGGCUCUAUGAUUUCACCUAGUUUAUGCUUAUUUUAAAAAUUAGCUCACCAAAACUCAAUAAUCAAAAUAUCUAACAUGAUCUUUAUUUCUGGAUUGAUUUAUGCUUCAGCUAUUUAACGUUGUUAGCAUGUUGCUCAAUUAGCAAUGUUUUCAUUGUCUUGUUACCUUUAAUUAAUUUUAAACUUCGCUCAUCAUACAAAAUUCCAGUUAUUCAUAUUAGGCCGUAUUGCAAUGUUCUGUUCGCUUGUUUGAUGUUUUUAUUUUCAUGUUGUAUUGUGUCACAGGCCAUUAGUUUUUCAUCAUACGACAUUCAUAUCCGCGAAAAGCUUUUCAAAAUUUACCAUUUUGGUGUCUUAUAUAUUGUGUAAUAUUGGCUUUUCUCUCUUUCAUGAACACAGAAAAAUUUCAUUCAACUUCAUGUGAUAGUUGUUAUAGCAUACAAAGAAAUUGUACACUACCAGAUGGUUGUGUUUUACAACGUAUACUUUCUGUUCAAUUAUUGAUCACGACAGAUAUUGCUUUUAUCUUUCCGCAUUAUAAACGUGUACGUACUUUUUUAACAUCACAUGGAUGGACAUGGUGAGUGACAAUUAAUUUUAAAUGGAAAAAUAUUAUUUUACUCACAGACGUCGACUUAUUCACGAUCAAUUAAUGAUAUUAUUUGGUGUAUGUUCAAGUUAAACCCCUCAAAUUAGGUGAUAUUUUGUGUAUCUAUGGUGUUUCUUUUUGGUAUUUUGUGUACAGAUUGUAAACAGCGUAUCAACGUUUUGGAUUAUAUGGACAGAAACGUUUAUUUAGAUGUCUAAGUUUUCGGUUUCUUGUAGUAUUACUAAAUUUUGCUUGUCAACUUACCCAAUCAAAUAUUUAUCUAAGAUUGUUUGUAAGGAAUUUAAUCUCUCAUGGUUAUAUAUAUAACAGUUAAGAAAAUCACGAUACCGCUCCACUUUGUUUUUUAUUAUUUUAUAUUGUGUCUCGUUGUAGUGUUUUAACAUGGUAGGUUGGUGGUCGUAUACUAAAAAUUCUUUGUUUAGAAUUUUCUGUAUCUACAUACAUAUCCACAUGUAUAAACAUAUUUCCAUUAAGUUCAUAAGGUUUUCAGAAAAAUCAAUGGUUGAUUAUUUUCAUCCCAUAUCAACUUUUGAUAUCCAUAAAAUAGAGUGUAGAAUGAAGAAUUCACUAACAGUAAUGCCAUUUGUCAAUAUUCUCCCCUUUCUAUGCUGUUGUAAGUUUUCAAUGGAUUGCACAACAUUUAUUUCCACUUUUGUAAUCUUGCCUGUUUUAUAACAAUAUUGUCUCGUCUGUCUAUGCGUGAGACCUGAUAGGUAUACCUACAGCUACUAUCACGUGCUACUUAAAAUUAAUGAUUUACAAAUUACAUUAUAAGUUGUUCAUUUAAGGAUUGUUAAAAAGGUAUAAUCAUAGUGUCACAUUACUAUCUCUGUACAUCUUUCUAGUUUGCUUGUUAUGAAAGCUUCUUAAGUGUUUUUGUUUUCAAGCUAGAUCUUAACUGUAGGAACUAUUUAAUUCUUGAGAUUUUGUCACUAUUCAUUCUAUCAGCAGUAUACGGUUUUAUUCUCUUCCUGUAUGUCAUUUGAUUUCUUUUCAUCAUAUGUUUUGUUAUUGACCAUUAAAUCCCAGACAUUAUCCUCUACGUCACUUCAAGUGCAUAUCUAACUAUAAAUGGAAUGUCAAUCGUGGCGAACUUUAUCCGCGAAUAUCUUGUGAAAGAUAAAUACACAAUUAUUCUGCUACCUAGACGUGUCUUUUUAUCCGAACAUAAAUCGACUUUAGUUAAAUAGAAUAAAAAUCAAAUAAGAACUAGUAGUAGGCUCAAUUCUUUCUGUGACUUUAACAGAUUUAAUGUUAGUCAACGCAUUUGCUUUCUGUCUUAACUCAACAGUAAACAAUUGAUCGAACUAUAUUUUAACUCUUAUUUGUAACAUCUGUCUGCUACAAACUAUGAGCCUUGCUUCAUAAUGCAGAUGUAAUCAAAUGUCUAUUUUAAUCUCUGACAUACUUUGAUUGGUUCUAUGUGAAAACAUUUUAGAUUUUAGACAUGAUUCUCGACAUCAUUAACGCUUUCGAAUAGUGGAUAGCGUUCACCUCGUAAUUUAUAUACGUCAGAACGUAUGUGUAGUAAACAUACUUUAUCCACUUUAAUCCUAUACAGACUUUUGUUAUGUGCUUUUGUCCCUUCUCAAAGUGGGACAUCUGUUUGUCUUCGUUUGUUAUAUAUUGUUUGCAACUUCGAACACAAUAUUGUUUCUCUUAUUAAAAUAUUGUUUUCUUUGGUCAAAAUAACGCUUUUCAGGGAGAUGUGGCUUAAACUAGCACAGAAAGGUGAAGUGUCAAAAUAUUUGGACACACAAGAAAUCGCUGAAAGUUUUGACAUAGUAAGCUUAUUUUCUUUUUGUUCUCUCUAAAUUAUGGUAAUUGGAACUUCUGUUAUAUAAUCGAAGGUCUUUUCUAAAAAAUGGUGGCUUUUCGUCUGUCAUACGAUACACUUCUCUCACCACUAUGUCGCGAUUGUAUGGAAUCACAAGGGAACCCCCCAUUUAAUUUUACAUGAGCUUAUAGGUAGAAAUAAUUUCUCUCAAACCUUCGAACACUCUUCACAUUGCCUGUUGAAAUUUCUACAAUUGCAACCUAUUCAUUUCAAGUACCAAUGCUCUUCCUUACACAAGCCCUUCGUGGAUUGGGAUUCGAUGAGUAAACGAGGUUUAUAAUUGCUGAAAUGAGUGAGUAAAAUGUGGAGAUAUAAGUAAUCGUGAGACUUAAUUAUUGACACAAGCCCUCGAAUGAACCGAUUUCAAAUAAAAAAACCACCACCCAAAAGAUUAACUUUUUAAUCUAAUAAGGUAACAUGCUUAUCUACAAAUUAUUGUCAGAAAAAUAUGCAUGAAUCGAUGACGAAAGUGAUUAGAGUUAAUCAGUUUUGUACGUUACCCUCCAGUGAUUUAAGGCCUGACUGUCAGGGUUAGUUCUAGUUCAUCAUAUUAUCGCCUACUUCAUUUUGGAAUUCAACCUAAAUGGUCAGCUCGCUAAUGUAUUGCGAUAGACUUUUCAAAUACAUUUUAUCGUGAUUUUAUAUGCAGUGAAACAAUUUAAUUACCAUAAGAACCAUCUUUUAUUUAUUAUUCCUGUGAUUUUUGUAGGUUGAAAAAUAUUUGAUCGCCUUGAUUGCUCGGGAUUGCUCAGUUAUGAUAACUGUGCAACGUGCAAAACCUGAGUAAGGAUUUCGCUUAUUUUUCAUAUCACUUUAAACAUAGAAGGUCUGUGUAUCUAAUUCGUACAUCAUUUUAUCUAUUUCCUUAAAUACGUCCCCUAUAAGUACCAAAUACUGGUACAUCUGUUUCAUUUCCAUACAAAAUCUUACGAAGUUAUUGAGGCCACUUUUAUUUAUACUAAAAAGUGAAUGAUACUUUCCUAUAACAAUAUAAACCCUAAUACAAAGUCAGUACUCCUGUUCGUCACUAGUGUGCGAAAAAAGUCAGUGGAUUAAUCUUUGUUAUUGUGUUCUAAGUGAAUUCAACAAGCAUCUAGUCUAACCGUAAAUGUACUAUUUUGUGUUCAUUAAGAGUUAUCUAAUCUGUAAGCUAACGUCCCACCAAACAUGGAGUACUGAAAGAUUGUGAUAGUAAUACUGAUAUUUUUAUGUUUUGAAGUAUUUUACACUUAGGUCUAUUACAAUUUCAUUUUAUUGUUAUCUCCCCUCUUUUCAAAGCUGUCCACUACCAUCAUCUGUUAUUUCGGGCACAUGUUGUAUUCCCAGAAUGUUAAUUAGUUGUGCCAUUAUAGAUCUAGAUCCGAAACCCUUGGAUAAACUACGUGAUCGACUAGAUUUGGAGACAGCAGUUGCAAUGGAAGCGAUCAAUCGACAGUUUAAAUUGCUUUUACCGAAAAGUCUUUCAUAAUAUAUAUGCUCAGAUUCUUGUAUUUUCUGUAUUGGUUUUCAGCAUUUGUUUUGCCUUGACUUUUAAAUACUCCCUUUUUGGACACAUAUAAACCUACCCCUUAGUUUGGAUAUCCAUAUUGUGAUUAAAAUUUUCUCUUCUCAUAUAAAAAAGUACUUAUGUUCUGUGUUGGAUGAUCUUUAGUGAUAAAAGAACGUAUGGGGAGUAAUUCAAAUACCUCUUUUUUGUAGGUUUGUACUCGCGUGCCUAUUUUGUAUGCAUGAUAUAAAUCAUAACAAAUGUAAUUUAUUAGAACUGUUAUGUCUCUUUUGAAAUCAACUGGAUAUUUCAGUUGAUCCGAGUACUACAGUGUGCUUCCAAAUUAUAAUGUAAGAUUUUUCGUUAUUAUUAUUGGUUUGUUUGUGCUCUCGUUUUAAUGUCUAGAUACGACGGCAAAGUUUCAAAGUUAUUUUCUUGGUCCCCGACCUAACACUCACAGACUUUUUGUUCUUGCUACAUUUUUCCCCUUCACAAAACCAACUAGCUCUGUAGAAUUUCGCAACAUUUUGUUAUCUGUACAGUGUAAAAUAAAGAAGUAUUGUCAUCUUGUCAAUAAACUUCACAAGUCAACUAAAAUGUCGUUUUCCUUGGCCACAUAAAUAAGCAUAGAUGUGAAUUAACAUAAGAGAUGUUUCGCUGGCACAACAUAUAAGGGACUUAUUUCCGUACGAAUAAAGAGUCAUACUGUCUAUUGAGAUGUCGGAUAGCGUUAUAAAUGUAAAUACGACCCUAAAAGUUUAUCAAAAACACCACUGGUUUAUAAAAAAGCG